ACUGCAGUGAGAAAGCGCAAAGAACUUCAGCGAAACGCAUGACACACCCCGACGCAGAGGCUCUCAAAGUUUUGUCUGCUUAUGCAGCAAGUUUUGAAAUACUGCCCAUCUGAAAAGCAGGAAUACAGCAAUUUAUAGUGGCUCCUCCACAUUCGCGAACUCGUGCUUUGAUCUCAGUUGCCCUUUAUCUUGAAAUACCUAUAAAACCUUCCCUAAUCCAGUGUGGACUUGUUAGCCUCCUCCCCUUGCGCCUGAUUGGCGCGACUGAGUCAGAGCCUCCUUCAGCUCGCCGCAGCUGAUCAGAGCUUGGGUUUCAAACGAGGAGGGCAGCCAGCUAUGUCCCCUUCUUCCUGACUUCUCACAGAGCAGGAGCGGCAGCGCAAAGUUUAAACAAAGAACGUGAGGGCCUGACGGAUCUUCAAUGUGGGGAGCAGUGGUUAAAUAUAAACCUCCCACUUCUGCCAAGUUUCCACUAACUGUGACUCUGCAGACUUCUUCGUGCACUGUGGAUAAUGGGAUUCUGAAGAUGAAGCAGAUAGCUCUCCAGCCUCCCUGGAUUUUGCUGACGACACCGGAUUGCUUUGCCUGAAGAUGGAAACACUGGAGUCGGAACUAACCUGCCCUAUCUGUUUGGAGCUCUUCGACGAUCCCCUGCUUUUGCCCUGUGCCCACAGCCUCUGCUUCAGCUGUGCCCACCGCAUCCUUGUUUCUCACUGCGCAUCUAACGAAAGCGUGGAAUCCAUCGCCGCCUUCCAGUGCCCGACCUGCCGCUAUGUCAUCGCCCUCAACCACCGCGGCUUAGAGGGUCUGAAGCGAAACGUUACCCUGCAGAACAUCAUCGACCGCUUCCAGAAGGCCUCAGUGAGCAGGCCCAACUCGCCGGGCGAGAGCCGCCGGGAGCAGGCCCUCGACGGCAGCACCAUGACGACGGCCGAGUGCGUCCCCUGCCAGUUCUGUGAGCAGGACCCACCGCGAGCCGCGGUGAAGACCUGCGUGACCUGCGAGGUCUCCUACUGCGAUGGCUGUCUGAAGGCCACGCACCCCAGCAAGAAGCCCUUUACUGGGCACCGCCUCAUCGAGCCCGUCCCGGACUCCCACCUCCGCGGCCUCAUGUGCCUGGAGCACGAGAGUGAGAAGGUCAACAUGUACUGCGUGACAGACGAGCAGCUGAUCUGUGCCCUCUGCAAACUGGUGGGACGCCAUCGAGACCACCAAGUGGCAGCACUGGCUGACCGGUUCGACAAGAUUAAGCAAAGUCUGGAGACCAACCUGGCCAGUCUAAUCAAGAGGAAUAAUGAGCUGGAAACGCUGAUGGGUAGACUGAUCCAGACUUGUCAGCAUGUAGAGGUGAAUGCAACAAGGCAGGAAAGCAAACUUACAGAAGAAUGUGACCAGCUGAUUGAAAUCAUUCAACAACGAAGACAAGUCAUUAGCACACAAAUCAAGGAGGGCAAGGUUGUACGACUGCGGAAGCUGGCCCAGCAGAUCGCUAACUGCAAGCAGUCUAUUGAACGAUCCGGGUCGCUCAUCACUCAAGCAGAGCAAACGCUGAAAGAAAACGACCACGCCCGCUUCUUGCAGACGGCUAAAAAUAUCUCCGAAAGAGUUUCCAUGGCCACAGCAUCUUCCCAAGUGCUCAUUCCGGAAAUAAACCUUACUGAUACUUUUGACACAUUUGCAUUGGACUUCUCCAGGGAGAAGAAGAUGCUGGAAAACCUUGAUUACCUCACAGCACCAAAUCCACCGGCCAUCCGAGAGGAGCUGUGCACCGCAUCACAUGACACCAUCACGGUUCACUGGACUUCUGAUGAUGAAUUCAGUGUGGUCUCCUAUGAACUGCAGUACACCAUUUUCACCGGACUCGCCAACGUAGUUAGUUUGUGCAGCUCGGCAGACAGCUGGAUGAUUGUCCCAAACAUCAAGCAGAACCAUUACACAGUGCACGGCCUACAGAGUGGCACCAAGUACAUCUUCGUGGUCAAGGCCAUUAACCAAGCUGGCAGCCAAAACAGUGAGCCCUCCAGGCUAAAGACAAACAGCCAGCCUUUCAAGCUGGAUCCCAAGUCCGCACACCGGAAGCUGAAAGUCUCUCAUGACAACCUCAGCGUGGAGCGGGACGAGACUGCCUCGAAGAAGAGCCACACCCCAGAGCGCUUCACCAGCCAAGGGAGCUAUGGCAUAACUGGCAACGUCUACAUAGACAGUGGCCGACAUUACUGGGAGAUCCUCAUUGGAGGAAGCACAUGGUAUGCAAUCGGGAUUGCCUACAAGUCCGCACCGAAGCACGAGUGGAUCGGGAAGAACGCCUUCUCCUGGGUAUUCUGCCGGUGCAACAAUAGCUGGGUGGCAAGGCACAACAGUAAGGAGUUCUCGGUGGAGCCGUCCCCUCACCUUCGAAGGCUGGGCCUCCUGCUGGACUAUGAUAACGGCUCACUGUCCUUCUACGAUGCAGUUAAUGCUCAGCAGCUGUACACCUUUGACAUUGCUUUUGUCCAGCCCGUGUGCCCCACUUUCACUGUGUGGAACAAAGCCCUCACAGUCUUAACUGGUCUCCCCAUACCGGACCACCUGGACUGUACAGAACAGAUUCCUUAAGAAGCGUGUGGUGGUUCACAUGAGGACCUCAGCUCUUGGCUUUGCAGUGGGAGUACUACACGUAGCGGACUGGAACUGCCAUGCCCAAUCGGAUUUCAUCUCACUGUCCAGUUUGAGCUGGAGUUAAAGCAUAUUUUAUGGACGCAGGGUUUCAACCUGAAACGUUGACAAUUUCUUCCAUGAAUGCUGCUUGACUUGCUGCGUUUCUUCCAAUUGCCUGUUGCUCCAGAUCCCAGCACCUGCAGUCUCUUGUGUCUCCAUGUGAUAUGGAUUGCUGCCUCUCCACACCGACUCAGCUUGUAGACGUACUUCCUUCGGCAAAGGGAGUUUGUUGCUUCUACAUGGUUUUGCAUACCUUGGUCGAUCGUUGGUUGAUCUAAGCCAGAAGUUGAGAAGAGGAAGCUAUUCAGUUACUGCUGUGCUCUGCUAAAGGGUCACUCCAACAAUUUUGGGCAGACAGAGCUUACUAUACUCCUUGUAAAUGUGAAUAUUCAAUUGUGUUGUGGAAUGCACUCACAAUGGUUCCAUGGCUCCACUGAGGAUGUUGGGAAGUCAGCUUUGAGGAUUAGGAUUUUUAAUUUUGGUUCUUUGUUUCCUCUAUUUUUCAAAUGUUUCCAUAGACCUAACUAUAAUUCCACAAUCCUGAUCCAAACCAAAUCCUGUUUUGCUAAAGCAUUCCCAGCUUAUCUCAGAUCAUCUUCUCCUGCAAUCUUUUCCAUUCAUAGCCCCAUGUCACCAUGACUUCUUACUGUUUCAGUCUUGCUUUUCUUUGUCCUGCUCACCUUCCUUGGAGGGUGGGGGGGGGAGGAGAUAAUUUUGAACCACUGCACCUCCCCAUCUCUUGAUCUGUCAACUGUAAGAACACAUGUAAAUGAUCAGAUGGAAUGAAUUGUGUCAGUGGAUGUCAAGUCAGAUGAGGCCAGUGUUGACAACAGCAAAUGAAUUUGGGCUCAUAUUGAAUCUUUUCUUCGGGGAAUGGUAUUUGUUGGGCUGUCCAAAUCUCAUUGAUUGAGACAAAUUGCCUAGACUAACUGAUAAUUUCAAAACCAUGCUUCCUUCCCCACUGGCUGCCUGACAAGUCUUUUGCAGCUGUGCUAACACUGAGACUUUAACAUAGCUUCCUUACUCAGUAAUAUGUCCUGGCAAAGCUUUUUCCUUGAUAAGUUCUAUUAAGUUUUUCUCAAUCUCAGUGCAGAGAUGGGAUUUCUUUAAGGUUCCGUGCACAACCAUCGGAUUAUAAAAUGGCUUGGGAAGAGUUGGUAUCCAUUCAAGUCCCUGUUAUGUACUGACAGUGGACAUUGAUCCUACCCCAGAGUUACAUUGAUGAAAAUCUACCCCUUAGUACACGUGGUUACCUACCUGUAGCAACCAAUACAGUGUGCAUUCAUGUUUGCAUUGAUAUUACACUUUAGAUACAGGAGAAGAUAAGCCUGUUAAACUUCCUCACCUGGCUCUGAUAAGUUUCUGCUUUGUACUUACUCUUAUAUAGGAGUAUUAAUAAGUUAUUUAUAUAAAGUGAUUUUAACUAAAAUUGUUAGAACCCUUUUGCUUUUGCACAAUCAAUGUUUACUUUUGUAUUUAUGCAUAGGUGAAUUGCUGGGAAGUUGAGAUAUAUGUGGAAAAAAAAGAUAAAGUUAUGAUUUUUCCAACAGGAUUAUUAAGAAAUCUUAUUAUGAUGCUAUUGUUGAGGACAGACUGUGUAGUGGACUGUAUAGUUCAGUUGCUUUAUAAAAUUUUUUUCCCUAAAUGGAAUGUAAACUGUGCUGAAAUGAACUUAAGGAGACAACAUCCCAUUUCUGUACAACUACUCACAGGAGAUGGACUUUGAUAGUGUAAUUAUGUAGAGGAAAGAAACGUCAGUGGCCUAUUUCUUCUCAUGGACCAGAGUGGUUAGUUGGGUUGAAGCUGUCCUUCAAAAAAACAUUUUGCCAAUCUUUUUCCAGUAGGCAACAAAUGUCAGUCAACCAGUUCCAAGUAUCUCUUUUUCUGAAGUAUCAUUGGGGAGUAGCAGAUCGUGGCUUUCCUGUUUCAAUUUCCUUCUGACAGCUCCACCCAAUUUACCUAAUGACCUUUACACUAGACGCAUUUACACUGCCAUUUUAAUGUGGUAAACCAUCCUUAGGAACAAAGCCUGAGUUGAAAUGGGGGAGGGUGUGAUUGGAAGAAUUAUUGCAAGGAUCAUCCUUGGAAGUUGAGUGAAGACCAAUCCCAAUCUCAAGUCAAUAGGCCACAAUUUAGAUGAGGACUGGUGGAAAUGUUAAGUAAAGGGACGACUGCAAUUUGACGCAGAACUUAGAAUAUAAAAUGUUGAAGAGUGCAGUACAGUACAGGUCCUUUGACCUAUGAUGUGGCAACCUUUUAACCUACUCCAAGAACAAUCUAACCAUUUACUCCUGCAUAAUCUUCCAAGGAUAAUUGCAGGAGAAAGGGUUAAGAAUGGAAAAAGAAGCUUUUGAACGAUAGAUUCACUUCCCGGGUCUGUAAAUCAGGUCAUUGUAACUGCAGGUACACCUUGUGAUUUUGAGACCUCAGAAAAGAUAAAGGACAGAGUAAAUAAACAAGAUUUCUAUUCCUGGGAAUAUAGAGUGCUAUGGAUGCUCAAAUGGUGAUUUUUAAGAUAGCGGGUUUUGAUAUGGAAAAGCUAAUUCCUCGGGUUUGGGUGUCUAGACAAGCAAACCCAAUCUGAAAUCUUAACCUGAGGCUGUUUACAGCUGAAAUAUUUCUUUCACGCAAAAAACAAUGGAAAUCCAAAAUUCUCUCACUUAGAGGCUAGAGGGGUGUGAAGCUGACAAUUCCGAGACUGAAAUCUGUAGAUUUUUUUCAGACAAUAAAAUGGAGUUAUAGUAUAAAUUUACCGGAUUGGGGGUACCAGACCAAGAGUCUAAUUAUUUGUUGCCAGUUCCCAUGUACAUUAAAUAUGUUAUUACAGUGUCUUCAAAAGUUGUAAACGGAUACGGUAUGUAAACCUUUCAGCUUGAAGUUAACAAGGGGUAUUGUCUAUUCUGAUUUUCAAUCAGCCUAAAUCAGCCCAAUGUUCACCUGUAACCCUACUGUUAAGAGUUUCAUGUGGGGAUAGUGUUUCAUUUCAUAUUAGGAAUUUUGUUCUAGUUGAGCCAGUUAGGGAAUUGAAUAAGAAUGUGCAUGAAAAUGCAAAAAUCCUCACUGGAAAAUUAAGCACAUUUUGUGCCUUAUGAUCUCUCUGUUUCAAAAACAGCCACAAAACCUGGUGAUCAUGACUUCAUUAGAACUUAGCUUGUCUAUUAUGGACCAUGGAUGUCAAUUCCAGCACAAAGGUACUUAUUUCUAAGUGGAACUCCAGAAUGGUGGUGUCAAGGACUGAGAUGCCAUUCUGAUCAGAGGACUCUAUUGUAUCUGUCAAUACACAGAAAACGUUUGAUUUAAAGUUGCACAUCUGCCAUUGAAUUCUGACAGUACUUUGACGGUGGUGGUUCUUUAUAAGUGUUUGCUGCAAUGAAACGGACAGCCAAGUGACUUGGACACUAGUAAGAACUGUCUGGAGUUCACAAACUCACUGCAAACUGGUGUCAAAAGGUCAAUGCAAACGACUUCAAAUAUCGAGUUCCAAAUCCUGCGUGUCGUCGAAAUGGCACAUUCUGAGUUGCCACGGAAAGAGGUCAUGUGAUCUGUCAAAAGGCAGUGCCACAGAGACUGCUGUUGAAUGGUGUCAGUACCUCUGCUUAAAGACUUACCCUUCGCCAUCACAUAUUACCUCCGGAGAGUGACUGCGCAAAAUCGGACUCUGAAAUCAGCCAUUCAGUUUAAGCCAGUCCAUCCCUUCCUAAGGGUUGCUUUUAUGAAUAUAGUCAGUCUUUCCGUCAACAUUCAACAGUUCAACUGGUAAAAAUGCUCCUCACCUUGUUAUCAGCAUGGCAGCAAUGUACAGUGAUGGAGGAACGUUUCCAUAUACUGUAUUAAUGUUAACAGACACCACCACAACACUUCAUUCCUGGCUAUGGAUUUUGCUUUUGUUCUUUUAUGAUUUUAAUGAAGCAGCCUGAUUUUUAAAAAAUAUUUUGCAGUACUGAAUUCAAUGUGUGAUUCUGGAAUAAAGAACUCGUCAUAUCUA